UUCCUUCUAACAGGCAGUCCCCUCAGCAUUUAUCAUGGCUGAGGUACAAACUGUGCAGGUUGGGAAGGAAAACAAUGUCCUAAAUGGAGGAGAGUGGGAGUUAAAGCAAUAUGGGAGACUCAAGGGAGCAGGACAGAGUGAAGAGACUGCAUCUUGGAAAAUCUUUGAGCCCAGUGAGGAAUCUGGUAGACUCACUGUGACAAUCUUAAACACCGGACAUUUUUUCAUUUCUCAGGAGCACACUAUGCUGGAAGGCUUUUCCUUAAUCUCAGCACAAACAUGGCUAAAGGUGUUAAGGAAAUCUGAUUGGCUUCUGUUUGGGUCAAAUGCAAAGCUGCAAAAAUGCCGUAUGUUCAAAGUCCAGUUUAGUGGGGAAUCAAAGGAAAAAUCCAUGGAAAAUUGUCAUAGCUGCAUACAGAAGUUACAGAUGUACGUGGAUGUUCAGAAUAGUUCUUUAAUGGAAUCAUCAGAAAGAUAUACAGAAGGGAGGAUGCCAAUCAACGAAAUAGCACAGUCUGUAAUGAACCAACAGAGAAAGGAGCUGGACACUUCAGAGAAUCCGGUCUUGGGCUCAGACGAGUUAGGGAUGUUCAUCAAACUGUGCCUUUUGGACCAGCACUUUCCUGCAUUUGUUGAGUCUGUAGAAAAAGAGCUGCACAAAGUGGCAGAAAACUGAUAGCACAUACAGUCAGAGAAGAAUAAGAGGCAAAUUAUUGUUUAGUUUGGUUUUAUUAAUGUUUAACAGGUGUAUUUACUGCACACAUUAUCACACUGCAAUUACAGAUUAAUCCACUGGGGAUCAUGCAACUAGAAGAGUACCCUCUGCCCCUUAAAAGAUAUUACAACUUUGAUAUACACACACAUAUAUAAAUCUAGUUGCAUAGAAUAUAAACAUGCUAUGGCCAAAAAAAGCAAAACAAUCUUAAACAAUCCAAAUUAAAACACAAACCCUGUUAAGAAGAAAAAUAUAUAUAUAAAUUAUAAAAAGUUCUUCUGCAUGAAUGUACAUGUUGGGCAUAACAGUGCAAAAAGGAUUUCAGAAUAUACAUGAUUCAACUAUAAGACCAAAUCUAAAGCAUCCUGCCUAAUAUAGUCGCUGACUCUUCUUAACUAGCUGAGGGAAUUAUGUUAUGAACGCCAACAAAAUAAGCAAAAGCUGUUGACUAAACCAGAAUAUAAGGAAUGGUUUCACCUGCCUAGAAAUACUAGCCAAAGAUGCUGGGUAACUGCAACCUGCAGCUUGGGAGCAAAAGCUUAGGCCCUCAGAAAGGGUGCGGUUUGUGAAUCCCUUGCUGUGCAAAAGUGCUAGAAAUCUGGAAAAGGGUAGUGUGAUACUAAAAUAUCAUUCAUAACUUAAAUGUAAACUACUAAAAAGCAUGUGGUUCUAUUUGGUGCCACAUACAUGGAGCAAUAGGAGCUAAACUAGAUAAAUAAAAUUUAAUCUAUCAGUAGUAAAAGCUGCAAGAAGUACAAUCUGUACAUGUAGUUGAGGAAUUUGUGCAUUGAAAUGGGCAAUUGGGAUAAAGCAUCAGUAUACAUUAAGAAUUUUGGAAAUUUAGCACAACUACAUUAAGAACAUUAAAAUGCAGACAAAAUCAUACAAACAUAACUAAUGCUGCAUGCAAAACAUUUCAGUUGUCCCCACAUGUUUGGAAGGCUCAUAUAGGUCUAUCAAGUUGAAGUAGAAUAUUUAGAUUCAGCACAGAGCUGAAUACACAAUCUUAAACUGCAGAUC